CUUUACGGCAUUGUUUGCAAUGAGGGACAAGACUACAGAUUUGGUGAUACUUUUUAUUUGAAUGCGUCCAGUAAAGAGGUCGCUCACACUGUUGGAGGAUGGACCCUGUAGUGUUGAGCUAUAAGGACAGCCUGCUGCGGCGCUCCGAUGUGUCCUUACUGGAGGGACCUUACUGGCUUAAUGACCAAGUCAUAGGAUUUGCCUUUGAGUUCUUUGCUGCUGAGCGCUUCAGAGUCCUAGGAGAGAGCAUCAUCUUCAUCAGCCCAGAGGUCACACAGUUUAUCAAGUGUGCUUCUUGCCCUGAUGAGUUAGCCAUAUUUCUGGAGCCACUGAAUCUUGCUUCCCGCCGUUGGGUCUUCCUUGCUGUUAAUGACAACUCCAACCAGACGGCUGGCGGAUCCCACUGGAGCCUUUUGAUCUACCAUCAUAAUUCUAACCACUUUGCUCACUAUGACUCUCAAAAUGGCAGCAAUUCGCUGCACGCACGGCGCAUUGCCAGCAAGUUAGAGCCCUUCCUUGGAGCAGGGAGAAAAGCUCUGUUUGUGGAGGAACCCUGUCCUUCACAGCAGAACAGCUACGAUUGUGGCAUGUAUGUCAUCUGCAUUGCUGAGGCCUUGUGUGAGAAGGCUAGAAUGGAGGGCUCACCACGUCUUCCUGUGCAUAUAAUUACCCCAUCCUACAUCACACUGAAGAGGGCUGAAUGGUGCAGACUGAUCCAGAGUCUAGCUCAGAAUGACCUCUGCUGCUCUCUGUCUUUUCCUUAGCAUGUUGAUGUCUCCUCUAUAUGCAGAACAGCUGUCAGCCAGCACACAUGUAUCUCCAGCAUCUCAAUGCACUCCUUGAACACAGCAUUUAACUACAUUUAAAGUAUAUUUCCAUUGCAGUCUAUUGGCGCUUUUCCACAACACAGUCCCUGCACAGCUCGCCUCGGCACGACUCAGUACGUUUUUUUUCUUUUCCAAUAGUACCUGGUAUUUUUUAGUACCUACUCUGGCGAGGUUCCAAGCGAGCUGAGCCAAUACUAAGCGUGGCCAAUGAUUGUUCAGAGUGCUGUUACUGGAAGAGGCAUGAGCAAGACGUCCGCCACGAGAAUCAAACCUAACAAUGCCGAACUUUAGAUCAAUUAAAAAGACUUAAAAUCCUGACAAGUUGUGUUAAUAUUUGACAUUAAGCACAAAAAUGUCUGGUGUAUUUAGAGGCAGCCCUGCUGAAAGCAUGCAUUCGCGAGUGACGAGCCACAUCACAAUCCCUGCCCCUAUUUAAUUUCAGUGACUGUAUCAGAUGGAAUCUGUGCUCUGGUCAUGCAGGAAGUACUGAACAAAUCUUUUUAAUGAACUGAUUCUAAUGUAGAACACUGAAAACACUGAAAUUCACAGCAGUUUCAAGCAGCCGUGCAGUGAUGACUCCGCCCACAUCAAGGAGGUACUAUAGUAAUAGAAAACAAACUAAGCUGUGCUGUAGCGAAAAAGCGCCAUACCAUACCACAAUUGAGGUUUAAAAAGUAAAGCAAUGCUACAAAUGUUUAAAGAUUCAUUAUACAAUUGGUUUCACAUAAAUCCCUCAUAUAUGCAAAGCAACAUACAGUAUAAACACCAGCAUGCCAAUAAAAGGAAUGUCUUCUCUUGCAUAUUAAUUAAGGACGGGGAGAAAACAUCAUGUGGGAAGAGGAUGCACACUUUUUUCUUCUCUUCAUUUUGUUAGCUUGGAGCAAAUGUAGAAAUGUUUACACUGAUUAUUGCUCAGGGUCAUUUUAAAUGAACUUGAAAUCACAGGAAGAAUGUGCAUCUUAAUUAGAUUUUCUGUUCACAUUCUUUAUGAUUCUCUGUUUGAACAGACUGUGAUGUAUGUUAACAGUUUAAAGAUAAGUGCUUGCAUGACAGUAAGAUUUGCUGCGAGUGGUGGUGGAAUGUACAUCGCAUUCUCACAUAAAGAAAGAAUAAUGCGCUGUAAUAUUUUGACCCAAUAAAAAUGUAUUUUUAUGGUCGCAGCAGUCUUUUACUGUUUGACUUAAGGAAUUAUAUGAAUUAAGUUCAAAACAACAAUAGGGACAAAAAUAUAAGCAUCUAAUAUUUCAGUUUACAAAUAUGUUGCUAAAAUGUUAUGUCAAACUACUUUUGCACAUUUGCAAGUUUUUGGGGAUGUGUUAAAUAUUCUUAGUAUAUAUUUAGAUAUUAUGAAUUAAUAAAAUGCCAAGUGAUGCCUU